AUUAUUUCCGUAUAAAGCAUUAGCAGCAAUACAUUUUGCAUCAAAUAUGGAGAUUUUUCUUAAGAUAUUAAAUCUCUAGAAACUAGUACCUUAUAAAGAUGACUGGUACCUUAGGACAGUGCAACCAUUUGCCCUACUUUAUUCAUUUACCAACCAUCUUCCCUAGUACAACAUAUUUAUCCUGUUUGGUCCACCAGCAGGUAAUCUGAACUAAGAAUGAGCUUCCCAAGGGUUAGGUAGGAGUACACCUAAUGGAAUCUUCUCCAAAACAAUCUCUAGUCUGAACUGAUGGACAGGUCAUGCAGAGCAAAAAAGCUUCACCCUUUUAUUUGAAAUUGAGACACUUGACUGUUAUGGGGGAAAACACAGCAACAUCCGUUCUCGUGCUUCUGUACAAGAUACAGAGCCUGUAUACAGGUAGAACAGAGUGAAUGCAUUUCUUCGGGGGGAUUAUUAUGGGGAAUACGAUGAAAGGUCAAGGCUGUCUCUUCCAAUCAACUUGUGUAUGCAAUCAAGCUUUGCUUCUGCUUCAUUUCACCCUCUGCACUGGGCUAAGGGUGAAGGUCAGCAAUAUACUUCCUAUCCGCACGUCUGAAAACAAGUACAGUAGAAAGAAAAAAUGGAACAGGUGAUUGUCUGUUCUAUUACUUGAAGGUAAUAUACCUACAAAAUCAUGAAGCAUAAUCUUUUGUAAACUACAUAUUCUAUUUUGAAUUAAAAGACUAGCUUUUAUUAUUUUCACAGGCAUUAUGAAACUGUAUUGACUAUUUUAGACACUAUUUACUAAAAUGUUUCUUGAUUAGAGCGCUCUAGGUUCUUGUGACUGUAUUAUUACAGCUCACUUCUCAGUGCAAAACUGUGAUCUUUAUAGAACAAUGCACUCCUGUCACAGGAGUGUGAUAACCUACCAGACCCUUGUGACUGAGAAUUUGUGUGCCUUUGCACGAUUGGGUUAAACAAUGAAGCAAUUUGCUGCAGUUCCCUAUUUAGUCCCCAAACUUGUCUCUUUUACAACAUACCAACGAGGAGCCCACCAAGUACUGUACAGUGCAUGGUCCAGGUGGGAGCGUAGGAGGAGGGUCACCUAAUGUCUGCCUUUUCAGCGUUUAGUAAUUUGGUUUUAAUAUUAUGAAAUGGAAGGGAUGCGCUGUUCAAACAGAACCGUGCAUUUUAAACAGAUUAUUUUGCAAUGCAUACACAGGAUCAAAAAAUGCGUUUUGAUUCCAACUUUUUUUAAAAAAAUAAAAUGUUACUCUUUUGUAUUCAUACGUGACGUGCUUAACGGCAAGAUCCUUUCCCUUCGCGUUUUCUACUCUCUUCCAGACGGUCAUUUCCAGAUGGUGGCCACAUAAGAAGGGAGAGCGAUGGGACUCCCGGACUUUUUAGCAGCCGCAUGGAAAUAAGUUGUCCUGCAGGGGGCGACAGAGGCUAGCGGGACCGAGGCGCCGAAAUCCCCGCUCUGACAUGAGCCUCGCCCUCCUUUGCAUCAAGUACGACCGUGAGGUCGGAACAAAGCGAGCCAAGGUGGGCGUGGCCCGCGGUCUACAAACGGAUAACUGUCAUUAGCGAGGGGACCGGAUGGCAGGAAAGCACCGUUUGCGGCGCGGCGCAUGCGCGCAAAGCAAGAACAAAACGCUCCACGAGCGUUCGCGGCGCGUCUCGACAGCGGAACGUGCGGCCAGAACUCCUCUCUGCGACACAACGCGGGGAACUUUCCUCACACUCACGCCCGUAGUGGGCGGGGCUACACUUCUCGCCGGCCUUAGAAACCAGAUCCGCGCCAACGGAAGACAUGACGCAGUCCGUGGUGGUUCAGGUGGGUCAGUGUGGCAACCAGAUAGGAUGCCGCUUCUGGGAUCUGGCACUGCGGGAACACGCCGCCGUCAACAAGAAAGGAAUUUACGAUGAAGCAUUAAGCAGUUUCUUUAGAAAUGUGAAUACCAGGACAGAUGAUGAUAGUGCUGGCUGCAGAGGAAAAAUCUAUUCCUUAAAAGCACGCGCUCUCCUGAUUGACAUGGAAGAGGGUGUAGUGAAUGAAAUUCUGCAGGGGCCAUUGAGAGAUGUCUUUGAUAGCAAGCAGCUGAUAACAGAUGUUUCUGGCUCAGGGAACAACUGGGCUGUGGGUCACAAAGUGUAUGGGUGUCAAUACCGAGAAGAUAUUGUUGAAAAGCUAAGAAAGACUGCAGAGCAUUGUGACUGUCUGCAGUGCUUUUUUGUCAUUCAUUCCAUGGGAGGGGGGACAGGAUCUGGUCUUGGUACAUUUGUACUAAAGCUUCUUGAGGAUGAAUUUCCAGAAGUAUAUAGAUUUGUUACUUCUGUUUAUCCUUCACGGGAGGAUGAUGUCAUUACAUCUCCUUAUAACAGUGUAUUGGCUAUGAAAGAACUCAGUGACCAUGCAGACUGUGUAUUGCCAAUUGAAAAUGAAUCUUUAUUUGACAUUGUUAGCAAAAUUAAUCAGAUGACCAACUGUGGAAAGUUAGGAUCAACCAUAAAACCAGCCAGCUUAGUAACUUCAAGUGCAGGUGGAAUAAAGUGUUCUCGGGAGAAACCAUUUGAUGCUAUGAACAAUAUUGUGGCCAACUUACUGUUGAACUUGACAAGCUCUGCUAGGUUUGAAGGAUCUCUUAAUAUGGAUCUUAAUGAAAUCAGCAUGAAUUUGGUUCCCUUUCCUCGACUUCAUUAUCUUGUUUCCAGCUUGACACCUCUGUAUACGUUGGCUGAUGUUAAUGUGCCCUCUCGAAGGUUGGACCAAAUGUUUUCAGAUGCUUUUAGCAAAGAUCACCAACUGUUACGAGCUGACCCAAAGCACAGUUUGUACCUUGCCUGUGCCCUGUUAGUCAGAGGAAAUGUGCAGAUUUCAGACCUUCGUAGAAACAUUGAAAGGUUGAAAACUUCACUUCAGUUUGUCUCCUGGAAUCAAGAAGGAUGGAAAACUGGCCUCUGUUCAGUACCACCUGUGGGUCAUUCGCACUCAUUGUUGGCACUAGCAAAUAACACUUGUGUGAAAUCUACUUUUGUAGAGCUCAAGGAGAGAUUUACAAGGUUGUACAAGAAAAAGGCUCACCUUCACCAUUACCUACAUAUUGAUGGGAUGGAGCAGUCCUGUUUCCCUGAAGCGCUUUCAUCUUUGUCUGAUUUAAUAGAAGAUUAUAAUCAGCUAGAUGCUGCUAACUGUGGGCCUGCUAUAGAUCCACCAAGACUGAAGAUAGCAAUGUAGCACGUGUUACAGGGGCGGCGUGUGUGUGUUAAAGUUUAGAUCACCAAAUUAUACUCAUGCAAUCCAGUUAAAAAUAACCUGGGACGAACUUACUUUGGCUGAGGUUAGUAAAUUUCAUUGUCAAAAGAUAGUAGAAGUGUUCAGUUUAAGUGACAGUUUCACAUACUUGUCAUAUUGCACAGAUGCUGGUUUACGUAUCUCAAAAAAGCAGAAGGAAUUAUAAUACUUUCUUAUGGUCUACCUCUCUUGAUGUAAUUUUAACUUAAGCACUAUUUUGAAGAUACUUUUAUAUGUAGAUUAUGAAAACAAACAAUUUUAAUAUAAUUUGACCAUAUCGGAUUUUGUCAUAAAUGAAUUUUAUUUACAAGAUAUUUACAUAAUAAAAUGUAUAAUUUCAUAAAA